GCCAAAGGAGGUGGCCUUGCUCAACAAGAGAGUUGAAUAAGAGCAGAGUCCUCCAAAUAACUCAAACACAAGCUGAGCCCAAAUCAGAAUGAGAGGAACGAGCCAGAGAUAAACACUUUGGCUUUGAGGUCUAGAACGUUCUACUCGGUUUGAUGGGUUGAACGUCCCAUAAGGAGCAACGCAACCAUUAACUCAAAGGAUUAACUGUGAAGGAGUGAAUGAGAGACUCUGCACUCUGACGUGACAUACGGAGGAAACAAGUAUCACUGGUUUCUAAGAGAAAAGAGACUGUUCCGCGAUAUUAAUCAUUUCAUUGAUGGCGGCUGCUGAUCUGAGAGAUGAAUUGAACUGCUCCAUCUGCCUGAGCAUUUAUACCGACCCGGUGUCCCUGCCCUGUGACCAUAACUUCUGCCGGGGCUGCAUUGGGGCAGCAUGGGACACCCAGGGGGGGUCUGGGAGUUAUUCCUGCCCCGAAUGCAGAGCUGAGUAUCCGGAGCGCCCUGCCCUGGAGAGGAACAAAAUACUGGCUGACAUAGCGGAGCAGUUCCUUUCUACUGACCCAGAGCAUGAUGGGACGGGGAUCUUCUGCACUUACUGUGUCCAUUCCCCUGUACCUGCUGCCAAAUCCUGUCUGCAGUGUGAGACCUCCAUGUGUGACGCCCACGUGAAAGUGCACAGCAAGUCAGCCGAACACGUCUUAACUGAACCCACCACCAACCUGGGGAACAGAAAGUGCUUUGUGCACGAUGAGCUCCUAAAGUAUUUCUGCAACGAGGAUUCGGCCUACAUUUGCGUCUCUUGCUACAUGUUUGGGGAACACAAGACUCAUCACGUGGUGUUUCUUAAUGAGAUUUUUGAGAAGAAGACAGAGAAAAUGAAAAAUAUUUUGGAUAAACUGAUCCCAGAGAGAGACGAAAUUGAGAAGAGCGUCCAGAGCCUACAGGAGCGCCAGAGAGAGGUGGAAGGGAAAGCGGCCGGUGAGGCAGAGAGAGUCACUGCCCUGUUUAGGGACAUCAAAGACCAUCUGGAAGCCCUAGAGAAACAAGUUCUAAGUGAGAUCUCCAAGCAAGAAGAGCAGUUGACCCUUCAAAUCCUUUACCAAAUCCAACAGCUGGAGAUAAAGAAGGACGAGUUGUCCAGGAAGAUCCGCCGCACGGAGGAGCUGUGCAACAUGGCUGAAUCCGUAACUAUUCUAUACGGUAGGGCAACAGACAAACCCACCUUUUGUGAUGCUCAGGGGGUAGACAAUGAGGGCAAAGGGAGAGAUGAUCAAAAAGACCCUGUUGUAGGGGAUGUGGAUGAGGGUUUCAUCUCAGAUAUGUUACUCAGAGGCUUGGGGGGUAUUGGGGCUGAACUCAACAAAAGAAUCUACGGACAGGAGGCUACAGAUAUGCUCUUAGAUAUCCACACCGCCGGGAACAAUGUGUUUCUCUCAGAUGAUUAUAAGAUGGUUUUCUGCUCCAAAAAGGACCAACGUCGCCCACGACUUCCUCAGAGGUUCCAGUAUCCCCAGGUCUUAAGCACCAGGAGCUUCCCCUCGGGGCGACAUUACUGGCAAGUGGAGGGCAGAGAAUCCGGAGGCUGGGGGGUCGGGGCGGCCUAUCCCAGUAUAGAGAGGACUGGGACUCAGUCAUGGAUUGGGAAUAAUAAGAACUCCUGGUGUUUGUACAGAGGGUAUAAGAAGUAUUCGGUGAGACAUAACAACAAAGUAACUGAUUUACCCCACGUCCCUUCCUCCCAGACAAUCAGGAUCUCAUUGGACUAUGAGGCCGGACGCCUGUCCUUCUAUGAGCUGAGUGAGCCAAUCAGGCACUUACACACCUUCACUACCUCCUUCACUGAGCCCCUUCAUGGUGCAUUCUGGGUAGGCUUGGCCAAUCUGAAACUUGUUACCUAGGGCACUUGUGCCAAAUGUAUGCCAACUCUUGCCCAUGGCCGGUGGGGCCUCAUCUUGUUUCAUGACUGCUGGUCUAUACGUCGGCCAGAUGGGAGCCAAUCUCAAUUGAGAAACAUGGCCCCUCCCCUCACAAUGAGUGGAAAUUUCAUACUUUGAACUAUUGAGGCACUGAAGACAGUUGGGUUCCAGUAGUCUGGUUUUGAGAUGAUCAGACUUUUCUGUAGUUCUUGGAGGUUGGAGGGUAUGGGGGGGGUCAAAAUAUUUAUAUCUUAGGGCAUCAAAGUACUAGAAAUGAUUGUACAGAAUACUCUAUACUCACACAGUAAAUCUGGCACCGUAACCAGCCCGGCAGUAUCGGCCCUCUGCAUUGGCCAUGCAGCCUUAUUGCCCAGUAGUGCAGUCUCCACUAUGUCUCCACUAUGGGAGCUCCAUGUUGUCUCUUCACCCUUGUAGUAAUAUUUGUUAUUAUGUGGUUGUAUUUGCCCUUAUAGAAUAGUUCUUGGAUAUGGUUUAUUUAAUAAUGACUUAUAUUUGUCAUUUGUACCAUAAAUACAAAAAACACCACAUAAAAUACAAAAAACACCACAUGGCUUUUCAUGAGGAGGAAACUAACUGCCCAAGUACAGGAAGUAGAGACAGUCACAUGAGUACCAGGAAAUACACUCCCCCAUGCACAGGAAGUA